UACAGAGUCAAAAACAGAGAAACAGAGCAAAGCUGAACGGAAGAAUCGUGCUGCUACACAAGGCAGAGCAAGCUUGCUAGGAAUUUCUGUUGAGGCCACUCGGCUGAUCGAUCAUGGACAAGAUGCUGGCUUUUUCAAUCCUCAGCUCGUCGCCGGCAGAUAUCGCUGGUGCAGGGUACGGCACACGCUUGUCCUGGCGGAGCGGCGGCGGGAAACAGGUGACGGAGAAGAAGACGCAGCAGGAUGAGAAGGUGGAGCAGAGCACGCGGCCAGAGAGGAAGCCGGAGACCAGGCCGACCCGAUUCGCGCCCGAGUUCCACGGCCUCAACUGCUUCGAGAGUGUAAUUUCUUACGACUUUUGAGCAGCUGGACGGGGUGUCUUUUCUUUUCUUUUGCUUCGUAUGUAGUCAUUUGUUGAAAUCAUUAGAAAGACAAAUAUUUA